AAUAUCGACGGUUACCGGUGUUUAGAUCUCCGAUGAAUGUUUUAAUGAUUGUUUUAGACUCUGUACUUUAGCAUUUAUUCUCCAUUCAUGAAAAAUCAAGUCCUUUGAGCGUUCUUUAUAGAUCCCAAGUUCUGAUCUGACAAAUGUCUUUUUUGCGCCCGAAGAAGGGAACUGCUUCCUCAAAAACACCGAGCAAAGAUUCACACACCGAAGACGAAGAUGAGAAGAAAGGGAAGAGUAAAGGAAAACAAACAGAAGACUACAUCCCCGCCAUUAACAAGAAAUGCUCAUGUCUCGAUUGUUGUUUUUGGUUCGUGGGAUUCGUAUGCUGUAUAUGGUGGUUCCUGUUGUGCUUGUUCACUACAAUGCCAGCUUCGAUCCCUCAAUUCGUGACGGAGGCUAUAGCGGGACCGCUACCGGACCCGCCUAGCAUGAAAUUGAGCAUGGAGGGCCUUACGGCGAAGCAUCCGGUAGUGUUCUUGCCAGGAAUUGUAACUGGUGGGCUUGAGCUCUGGGAGGGGUGUCAGUGUGCUGAUGGAUUGUUUAGAAAAAGGCUCUGGGGUGUCUCGUUUGGGGAACUGUAUAAAUUGUAAAAGACCCUUUUGGAAAUGUUGAGGUAUGCUCUGUGUUUGCUCUGCUUUUAGUUCUUGGUUUUAGUUUCUCUUGUGGAAUGUUCCAUAUCUUUUUGAAGAAGGCACCAUGUCAGGAAGGUGGUCCUCGAGUUCUUUCGGCAAUGUGAAUGCUCUUUUAUGAUGGUUUGCAUGAUGAGUUUGAUGCUUUCCUUCUUUUCCCCCUAGGCCUUUUUAAAAAUGGAAUCUUUUUUUAGCUGCAAAUAUUAUCCAUUUGUUUCAUGUUUGCUGGUUUGGUUUUAAACUUUAUGAAUGUGUAUGAUUGUGGGGUUAUAGGAAGCUAUGGAUAGGUACUCUUUUUGUUGCUUCACUGUUUAGGAAGUAUUAUAAGGUGGUUGAUCUUGUGACUUGUAGACAAUCGAAUGCAAGUUGGUGAAUGGUGACCUUUUGGUUUAUGUCAUUUGUUUAUUACUAUUAACCUCCUACAUCCGAAAGUCACAUUGGGCCUUGAUUAAAUAUGAGCCAAGCCA